UUUUCUUUUAGCCUUGCAUUUUCAGGGUUGUCUGUGCCAGAGCGUAGCUUUGCUUUUUUCCGUUAUCUUUUGGCUUUGGUCAAGCGAAGUCUAUAGAAGUCGUCCAGAUUACAGUAUACUUAUUUCCCCUGUGCAUUGAAUUCUUAAAGAAAUAAUGUGCGUGUUUUGAUAAUCGUGCUGUCAGUGGUAGAUACGAAGGGAUGGCGGAAAAGACGCAGAGUUUAAGGCUGUGUCUUGCAAGAACUGUCAAGCUUUCUUAGAGGAACGUCAUUUUUGUUUCCGAAAGAGACCAUGACGGUCUCUCCGCUUUUAACAUCUAAAUACAAACACAAAAUCCUUUAAUCUGUUUUUUUAAUUGAUUUUGCAUUUAAUACUUUUUUUUUUGUAUUGCACCUUGGUUUUGCUGGUGAAUAAUGUGUAAAGAUAUGCAACACGUUGUUUGUUGCCAAGACUGUGUACUGCACCAUUUAAUCUUUUCCAACUGAUGAAGCUUGUCCAACAUCCAUGCUCUGUGGCUCCUGUGUUGCCUUCUGUCAUCACGGUACGGUUUCUCCAUCCCAGAAAAGGAGGUUGCUGAUGUGGAUUGAUUCCAUAGCAAGCGUAUACAUCAACUAAAGACAUGAGAAGAUUUGUCUACUGCAAAGUGGUCCUGGCCACAUCUUUGGUUUGGGUGCUUGUAGAUGUUUUUUUACUCCUGUACUUCAGUGAGUGUAACAAGUGUGACGACAAGAACGACAGAUCACUGCUGCCUGCUUUGAGAGCUGUCAUAUCAAGAACACAGGAGGGUCCCGGAGAGAUGGGAAAAGCUGUCAUUAUAUCAAAAGAUGACCAGGAAAAAAUGAAGGAGCUGUUUAAAAUCAACCAGUUCAACCUCAUGGCCAGUGAUAUGAUUGCCCUGAAUAGAAGUUUGCCAGAUGUGAGACUGGAAGGGUGCAAGACAAAAGUUUACCCUGAUACCCUCCCAAAUACAAGCAUUGUCAUAGUCUUUCACAAUGAAGCCUGGAGUACUCUACUUCGAACAGUCCACAGUGUGAUAAAUAGGUCCCCAAGACAUUUACUUCUAGAGAUACUGCUAGUGGAUGAUGCAAGUGAAAGAGAUUUCCUAAUGAAAAAAUUAGAGAAAUAUGUUCGCAAUUUGGAUGUUCCGGUGAGAAUCCUCAGGAUGGAACAAAGAUCUGGACUGAUCCGUGCUAGGCUUCGAGGGGCGGCUGCUACUAAGGGCGAAGUCAUAACUUUCCUAGAUGCACACUGUGAAUGCACUAGUGGGUGGCUAGAACCACUAAUGGCAAGAAUUAAAGAAGACAGAAGGAUAGUUGUUUGCCCUAUUAUUGACGUGAUCAGCGAUGACACAUUUGAAUACAUGGCUGGAUCUGACAUGACUUAUGGUGGCUUCAACUGGAAGCUGAAUUUUCGCUGGUAUCCUGUUCCACAGCGAGAGAUGGACAGAAGAAAAGGGGAUCGAACAUUACCUGUCAGGACCCCUACAAUGGCUGGUGGUUUAUUCUCAAUUCACAGAAAUUACUUUGAAGAAAUUGGAACUUAUGAUCCAGGAAUGGACAUUUGGGGUGGAGAAAACUUAGAAAUGUCUUUUAGGAUAUGGCAGUGUGGAGGGUCAUUGGAAAUUGUUACAUGUUCCCAUGUUGGUCACGUCUUUCGCAAAGCCACUCCUUACAGUUUUCCUGGAGGAACAGGUCAUGUCAUCAACAAGAACAACAGAAGGCUAGCUGAAGUCUGGAUGGAUGAAUUUAAAGAUUUCUUCUACAUCAUAUCACCAGGUGUAGUCAAGGUGGAUUAUGGAGAUGUGUCACAGCGGAAAGCCCUAAGAGAAAGACUCCAGUGUAAACCUUUUUCAUGGUAUCUGGAAAACAUUUAUCCUGACUCUCAGAUCCCAAGAAGAUAUUUCUCACUUGGUGAAAUCAGAAAUGUUGAAACCAACCAGUGCUUGGACAACAUGGGAAGAAAAGAAAAUGAAAAAAUAGGCAUAUUUAACUGCCACGGAAUGGGCGGAAAUCAGGUAUUUUCCUACACAGCUGACAAGGAAAUCCGAACAGAUGAUCUCUGUCUGGACGUUUCUAGGCUUAAUGGUCCUAUCGUCAUGCUGAAAUGCCAUCACAUGAGAGGAAAUCAGCUGUUUGAGUAUGAUGCACAGAGGCUGACGCUCCGACAUGUCAACAGUAACCAGUGUCUGGAUGAGCCAUCUGAGGAGGACAAAAUGGUGCCCACCUUGAGGGACUGCCGUGGCAGCCGAUCUCAAGAGUGGCUGCUGCGGAACAUGACCUUGAGUGCCUAAAGCCUGAAAAGACUUCUUUCAUUCUGACAGUAUCUACAGGGUUCCAUACUACUACAAUGUGUGUGGGUUUUCUUUUUUUCUGAUGAAGCGCUGUCAACCACCUUGACCUUCUUGGAAUCAAAGAAGGCAUUUGAGCGAUAUAGAGUAGCAGCUGUAAUCAAAUUAUUAUUAUUAUUAUUAUUUUUUUUCUCAAGACAUGCUUGUUCAUGCUGGCUCUAAAUCUGCAUCUGUUCACUGGAAAAGAAAAACACAAUCAGUGCAGAGAAAUGUGGUACUGCGCACUGUAACAAAAGCUCCUCUCUUAGACUUUAUUUUCCAGUUGCUUAGUGACAUUCAUUUCAGCUUGGGAGGAACACAAUACAAAAUGUAAUGCCUUAAAUAAAGUAACUUAAUAAUAAUACAAAUAAUUAAUGCAAGAAAUAGCUUUGACACUGACCUGAAAAAGAGAAUGUUCUUGCGAAACUAGUAUAUUUAUUUUAAGGGUACAGUAUAACACUGUAUAUAGAUUAUGAUUUCAAUUGAUCUAAAAACCUAUUUAACUAAUUUACUGUUAUUUAUGACAAGUAUCUUGUGGUAACAAAUAAUUAAUAAUGAUAUAAUAGAAGCCUGCAUAUAUAUUGCAUACUGUAUGUUUUUAGAGAAUGUGGACCAAAACAAUGGAGAAAUUGUGCUUUUGGAAAUGGGGGUGGGUGAUGGGGGGUGGGGGGGGGAUGAUUUAAUCUAGUGACAUUCAGUUAAACUUUCUAGAAGUGCAGUAUAUAUCUGUUUUAAAUUAAGGGCUUGUCAGAUGUUACUUUUUUGGCCAUUGUUCUUAACACAGUAGUGUGUAUAUGGCAGUUUGAUUAAUUACACCUAGAAUAAGAAAUACAGUAAGACAGGUAUUAGGUUGGUCUGUAUUUCUGAUUGAACCCCCAGAGGACAUGUUUUAGUGAGAUAAAUACAUCACUCAAUUGCACCACUAAAUUAUUACAUUUUAUGUGAAGCUUUGUUAGCUUCUGUAUCAUUUUAAUGUUUAAUAAUAUGCAUAUCACUAGUUUUUUUUUAAUUAUUAUUUUGUAUGCUUAGGUUUACGUAAAUUCGAAAAAAAUCAGGGACUAUACUUUUUACUGUUCCUUGUUUAGUUUCAAGGGAAAUUUCCAGAAAUCUGAGGAAGCUUUGCUGUCAAAAGUACAUUUUGGUUUUGCUAAUGCCCUGGUUUUCUAUAAGCAGUGGCAAACAAGAACAUCAGUAUACUGGGAAAAAAAAAAAAAACUUCCAUUUUGUAUGUAUGCUGCAAUCCCCAGAACACAGAAGAAAUCAGUUGAGAAGCAUUGUAGUGUUUAUGUAUUUUAUUUGCUGUAAUAAUUUCAGAAAAUACAAUUGUUUUGACUUAAUCCCUGGUUCUGGAAAGUAGUUUUGAAGUAAACUACUGAAUGUGAAGAUUUUCUGAAGCAAUGUUUAAAAACAGAAUGUAUUGUAUUUCCACAGAACAGCAUACCUGUAACCAGAAGGCUGCUGUUUAUUACAUUUAUAAUAUUAGUAUGGCUUUUUGUUAACCUUUAUAAUCUGACCUGCCAUAAAAUGUAAAACCUGUGCUGGUUUGUGCUGCUUAUGGGAGGGGCAUUUUAUUGUCUGUUUAACUGCUCGUUUCUUUAUAUCUUGGUAUCCCUGGAUAUAUAAUUAUCUGCUCUUCAAAUAUAUGCAAAUUAUUAUAAUUAUCAAGAUGUCCCUCAAGUGCAACGGUACUCUAAAUGUUAUACAUUUACAACCAUUAACCUCAAGCCUUGUCUGGGAUUUUAUAUAGAGUACCUGCCCAGCGCCCAGUAAAAGGCUGUUUAGCUCAGCCCAGUACCACAAAACAGCGCCAGCACCAGCAUGUGUUUGGUAGGCCAGGGUGUUUGUUUUGCCUGUAAUGCUGCAAAACAUGAAAUGUGGUAAGAAGCAUAGUUUAACACUCUUAAUGCUCCCAUUUAAAACCAGUAAAAUAGUUGAGCUGACUUUAAAAUCAGUUUUCUUAACAAAAAAAAAUCAAUGCAUUACAAAUAGAACCCAUUUUUCCAAUUCUGCAAUUAAUGUAUGUACAAAAGAAUAUAUUUUUUAAAUAAAUCUUAUCAGAAAAAGCAGUAUGCAAGCCCAGCAGCAAAAUAUUGUGAUUUAGCUGUACAAUGUUAACUUACAUUGUUCUUUUAAAUGUUAAUUACACUGUUCAUUUUUAAUGCCUGAUUCAUAGGAAUUUUGUUUUCUUAAUUUACAAAAAUAGUUCAGAAUAGUUUCAUCAUUUAAAAAAAAAAUCUACAAAAACAUAAUCAUAUCUACAGUAUUAUGAGUAAUAUAACCAGUCAGUACAAUUGACUUUAAUACAGUUAAUUUCUGCAUGUAUUGUACCCUCAAGUUUCUUUGUUCUGUUGGAGUUUGAGACCAGUGAAAAGGGUUAUAAUGUUGGGUAUUUUAAAUGACCCUUCAUGCUGCUAUUGUCAGUGCAUGGUACAGAAAAUAAACAAAAAUAGCUUGUGUAACAAGAAUAAAACAAUAAGUCUUUAUCUGGUAUUAGUUAUCCUACCUGUAAAAUGUAAUAUUUGUAUACAAAAUGUGUAGAAUUAAAGGUUAUCAGUUUAGUUUCUCUUCAUCUAGCUUUAAGCUUCAUGGACUGUUUAAAGAAUUGUUUUUAGGACUUUUUUUUUUUGGUAAGUGUUUAUAAAAUCAGUGUUUUGAAAGAUUACUAUACUAAACCCUCUAUAAAAUGGUUAACAAAAGUUGUAAAAAUGCACCAGUAGACCUGUUCCUAACACUGCAGGAGGGCAAGCAGAGGCGGCUAAAAGGAAACAGCCGCUAACACUUGUUUUAGUUAGCAAGGGGGAAAUCUGGGCAACCCUGUCCCAGGUAUAGUGAGGGGACAAUAGAACAUUAUUCUCUCGUCCUUUGCAGAAUAGUGGAGGCAGCAAGACACUGCUAAAAGCAGAACUUUUCUUUGUAGUUUGAUUUACAGUGUUUAUUUUCCCUUUUUUCUUUCAUCAUUUGUUUUUGAACUUUCUGUUUGCUUUCCAGCACUUGCAGGUGCAAAAGAACUGUGUCAGUAAACAGAAAACAAAAUACCAUUGUUGGUAAAAAGAAAAUAAAGCGGGGCACCUGUGUGGUGUUUCAACCAAAA